AUGUUUUUAAAACUUAAUAAGUCAUAUUUUGCGAAAAAAUGUGUAAGUAGCAUAAGUUAUCCUUCAAAACAUAUUCUUCAAAAACGAAAUAUGCGAACAACUAAUUUAAAGAAGAAAUUGAAUAAAGUACUUACACAAAAUGAUAAAGUUCCUAUUUACGAAGAAAAACAAUUUAAGAGCGAUUCAAGAAAUUUAACUGAAAAAAUUAAAAUAGAUAAUUUAAAGUGGCUUAAUAGAAUAGAACAGGAAGAAAGUUACAAAAAUGGUUAUAAAGAUGAAAUAGAAAAAGAUGAUAAUACUAGUUAUAGGGAAUACUUUAAUGAAUGUAACAAUAAAUAUUAUGAUAAAAAUAAUGAUGAAUUAAUUUCUAAAAAAAAUGAUAAUGAAAUAAUUCGUGAUGAAUAUAAAUUUAUUUUUGAAAGGCCGAAACAUUUUGCUCACAUUGAUGAUGAUCCAAUUAUAAGAAGACCAGGAUGCAUUAUAGAUAUAAAAACAUUAAUGAGAAAUAAUUGGACAUUUCCUGCUGUUGGUUUUAAUAGCAAGUUAGAAAUACCUAUAUAUAAAUUCGAAUCUGAUGAAAAUGAUGAUAAUAUAAAAUUUAUUACAGUGCCCAAUGAUAUUUUUGGUUUACCAAUCAGAUCAGACAUAUUACAUAAAUGUUAUUAUUUUUACAGAACAGCAUUAGCAGGAUAUACUGAAAGAAUGCAAUUAUAUAAGUGGGAAUGGCCAGGAAGUACUAAAAAAUAUAGGAGUCAAAAAAAAAGUGGAAAAGCAAGAAUGAAUUGGAGAAAAACAUGUGGUCGAUACUUGGGAGUUAAGAAUCAUCCAAUACGUCCCCAUGAUCAGAAAACUGAUAUUAAUAAGAAAUUUUUAUGGAAAGGUAUGAAAAUUCUUCUAUCAGCAAAAUUUGCACAAGAUCAAAUAAAAGUUGUUGAUAAUUUUUUAAUUAAAUCACAUAAAACAAAAUAUACAGUUAAAUAUUUAAGGAAUAUUUUAGGAAAAAAGUGUAAUAGUGCCUUAUUAGUACAUGAAGGGAAAACAGAUGUAAAUGAUAAUUUUUUAUGGGCAUGUGCUAAUAUAGCAAGUAUAAAAAGAGAAAAUGUAGAGGGUGUUAAUAUUUAUAAUUUAUUAAAAUACAGAUAUGUUAUUUUCACAUAUAAAGCUUUAAAAAAUAUUAUAUAUGAACUGAAAAUUUAUCCUUAUAAAAUGAAAUGGCUUCCUACCUAUGCAACACCUAAUAAUACAAGAGCACCAAAUCCAGAAAAAGUAAAUAAUUGGAACAUUUUUUGGAUAGAAAAAAAAAAAAGAAAUGAUUUCUCACAAUUUGACAAAGAUGCUCUAAAAAAAAGAAUUCAAGAAUGGAAAUGGUCUAGUGACUUAAAGGGGCCAUUAAAAGUUAAAAAAAAAGAUCCUUACAAAAAUUUUAUAUUAACAAAAUUCCAAUGUGAUGAUCCAUUACCAGAAUUUAUUAAAUAUGAAUAUUUAUUUAAUGUUGAAAAUGAAUUUGAUAAUAUUAAUGAUAGUGAAGAUCAUUUUAAUAUGAUUGAUGAAAUAUUAAAUGAUGAUGAAUGUUUAGAAGACGUUUCUAGUCUAUCAUCACCUAUAUCUGUAUUAGAAGAAAAAGAAAAAAAUAAUAAAAAAGAAUAUACUAAUGAAGAUUCUCUGUCUAAUGAUGAAGAUUCACUGUCUGAUGAUGAAGAAAUUGAAAAAGAUGAAGAUUCAUUGCCUAUUGAUGAAGAUAUUGAAAAUGAAGGAGAUAAUAACAAGGAAAAAGAAAGUUAA